AUGGAUGAUACCUUAUUUCAAUUAAAGUUUACGACAAAACAACUCGAGCGUUUUGCAAAAAAAUGCGAAAAAGACGAAGUAGUCCAGAAGAAUAAAGUCAGAAAGGCACUGACUCAAGGGAACGUUGAAGGUGCUCGCAUUUAUGCUGAGAAUGCUAUAAGAAAGAAGAAUGAAGGUUUAAAUUAUCUAAGAAUGGCUUCGCGCGUUGAUGCUGUUGCUAGUAAAGUCCAAACGGCAGUUUCUAUGAAACAGGUUACUCGUAAUAUGAGUGGAGUUGUAAAAGGCCUCGAUAAAGCUAUGCAAACCAUGGAUCUUCAAAAGGUUACAGCUACAAUGGAAAAAUUCGAGAAAGUAUUUGAAAACCUCGAUGUUCACACCCAGACCAUGGAGGAUUCAAUGGGAAAUGCUACAACUUUAACAACUCCAACUGAUCAGGUUGAUACAUUAAUCCAGCAAGUUGCCGAAGAAAAUGGCUUGGAAGUUAUGUCGCAAUUAGAAAAUGCACGCCCUAGUACUGACUCGAUUUCAGCGGGCAGUUUGUCCAAUAAAGAAGGAGAUGCUCUUUCUCGAAGGCUUGCGCAGUUACGUAACUGACGAAUUGCCAAGUAGGUCGCUUAACAACGGCAAGACGUCUGGGAUACCUUAUCAUUCAUAGAUUUGAACGUCAGCCGAAUAAUUAAAAACGGGCUAUUUUUAGGUGCUAUUAUUGUCGUUUCUAAUUUACAACUCAGUCAUGUGUAUAUCAUCUCUAUUUCUGCCUAGUAGAAUCAAAACAUAGUUGACUAAGUUUCAUCUGUUUUGCUGUAGCUACGAAUUUAGUAAGCUUUAACAGAAUGUAUAUAUAUAUAUAUAUAUAUUAUAUAGUAUAAUCGAGAUAACUUGAUGUUUAGACAUAUGCAAACACGAUUUGGGUAUCAUUUAUAAGAAAACGUAUUCGUAUAUGUUCAUAUCUUGUAUAUGAUUAUAUUCCAUAAAAGUUUAAAAAUAUCUUUGGGACUG